AUGCAACGAUUUUCAGGUUGUUCUCACAGCGAUCUACAACCGCUUGAAAAUUAUGUUAAUCUUUCAUAUGACAAAGCAUUCUGUAUUGUAAAAUCCACUUUACGCAAUGUUAAUGCAAGUGAAUUACCAACAACAUGCAAAACCGGCAAAUUAUGGACACCACUUCCAAUGGCCACUUUGGCUGUGAAUAAUUCAAAUUACCAACGAAACAAUAUCGUCAAAAAUUAUGGUAUGUUUGGCUUUCAUAACAAUGACUAUUAA